CAGAUACGUAAUGGUCAGCAGGUUGCUUGUCCUCUGAGGAAAGAGAAUUUGGGAGGACUGUCUAAAGGAACCAUAGUACUGGAGCUGGAAAUCAUUUUCAAUUCUAUCAAAGCAAGCAUCAGGACCUUCACACCUAGAGAACAGAAGUUUAUGGAGGACAAUGCCAAGUUUUCUAAGAAGGUUCUUGCCAGGAAUGUUCUUCGCGUGAGGAACCUUUAUCGUGCUGUGUGCCAUGCCAACCAGUUCAUCAAGAGCUGUUUCCAGUGGGAAAGUGUGCAGAGGAGCAUCAUAGCAUUUCUGGUCUUUGUUCUCACUGUGUGGUACUGGGAUUUCUACAUGAUGCCCAUGUUCAUGGUCCUUCUCAUUGUGUGGAACUAUCUCCAGAUCGCCUCUGAGAGAGUCACCAGAGACCUAGUGGGUGAUUUUUAUUUUUUUUAUACAUUUUAGUAACACUUGUGGUGGCUUUCAUUGUAGAAUAUCAACCAGAGUAAGAAUUUAGUUUGUUUUGGUAAGCCUUUUUCUGCAAGUGUCUGAGAAAACGAGUGCG